GACGAGCAGUAUAAGUACGACAUUCCUACAGAGAAAGUGUAUAUUCAUACUACAGAUAUAAGAGAAGAAGAGACAGAUGUGAGCAGUGAUGAGCAGUAUAAGGAGGACAUUACUACAGGUAGCCGCCCAGGUUUCUCCAACCCAGGAUCCUCUGCUGAUAUCUUCUAUAUAAGAGAAGUUUCCUGAUCAACCAUGGAGAGAGACAGGAACAAGAUGGCCGACAGGAUAAUAGACCUCACCCUACAGAUACUCUUCCGGCUUACUGGAGAGGAUUACACAGUAGUGAAGAAGUCCUCUAGUGGGCGCUGUCGGGCCCCUGUGUGUGAAGGAUGGGGAAGAACCCUGAGCCCAAUCCCGGGGCCCCCACCUCACUCCCUGAUACAUGAGGAAAUGGAUGAACAGAAGAUCCUAGAACUGAUCAACAAGAUGAUGGAGCUGCUGACUGGAGAGGUUCCUAUAAGGUGUCAGGACGUGGCGGUCUAUUUCUCCAUGGAGGAGUGGGAGUAUGUAGAAGGACACAAGGAUCAGUACAAGGAUCAGGUGAUGAUGGAGGAUCAGCAGCCCCUCACAUCAGCAGUCAGAUCCAGUAAGAGAACAGCAGCAGAGAGGUGUCCCCGUCCUCUUCUUCCACAGGAUCAGGAUCAGCUUAUGAAACAGACUGAAGAUCAAAACUAUAGUAAUGGUAUAAACAUAAUAGUAAAUGAAGAUGUAAGCGGUAAUGAGCAGUAUAAGGAGGACAUUCCUACAGGAAAAGAUCUGAUCUAUAUUAAUGCUACAGACAUAAAGGGAGAAGAAGAGACAGAUGUGAGCGGUGAUGGGCAGUAUAAGGAGAACAUUCCUACAGGAAAAGAUCUGAUCUAUAUUAAUGCUACAGACAUAAAGGGAGAAGAGGAGACAGAUGUGAACGGUGAUGAGCAGUAUAAGGAGGACAUUCCUACAGGUAACCGCCCAGAUGACUGUACCAGGAGAUUAGAGGGACAUCUGAGAUCUUCAUAUUAUAAAGCAGAUGAUGAUAUCACACAAGAUACAUAUGAAGAACAUUCCAUUAUCCCAGAUACACCCUCAGCCCUUUACAACAAAUAUCUGUCAUCUGAUUCUUUUAAGCAGAUAGCUCACACAGGGAAGAAGCAGUCCUUAUGUUCAGAAUAUGGGAAAUAUUCUACUGUUAAACCAAAUCUUGCUCAACAUGUGAGAACUCACUCAGGGGAGAACCCAUUUCAGUGUUCAGAAUGUGGAAAAAGUUUUACUUGUAAAAUACAUCUUGUUGAACAUCAAAGAAUUUAUACUGGGGAGAAGACAUUUUCAUGUCAAGAAUGUGGGAAAUGUUUUACUCACAGAUCAACUCUUGUUAAACAUAAAAAAAUUCACACAGGGGAAAGGCCGUUUUCAUGUUCAGAAUGUGGGAAAUGUUUUAUUCAUAAAUCAAAUCUUUCUCAGCAUGAAAGAACUCACACAGGGGAGAAGCCAUUUUCGUGUUCAGUAUGCGGAAAAUGUUUUGCUCUAAAAUCAAAUCUUGAUAAACAUCAAAAACGUUACUUAGGAGAGAAGCCAUUUUCAUGUUCAAAAUGUGGGAAAUGUUUUUCUCGCAAAUCAACUCUUGUAAUGCAUCAGAGAACUCACACAGGGGAGAAGCCAUUUUCAUGUUCAGAAUGUGGAAAGUGUUUUGUUCAGAAAUCGGAUCUUGUUAGACAUCAGAAGAGUCACACAGGGGAGAAGCCAUUUUCAUGCACAGAAUGUGGCAAAUGUUUUACUGAGAAAUCAAAUCUUGUUAAACAUCAGAGAACUCACACUGGGGAGAAGCCAUUUUCAUGCCAGGAAUGUGGAAGAUUUUUUGCUAAUAAAUCGCAUCUUGUUCAACAUCAGAUAACUCACACGGGGGAGAAGCCAUUUUCUUGCCAGGAAUGUGGGAAAUGCUUUUCUCUACGAUCAGUUCUUGUUAGACAUUAUAAAACUCACACAGGGGAAAAGCCAUUUUUAUGUUCAGAAUGUGGGGAAUGUUUUACGCAGAAAUCAAAUCUUCUUGAACAUCAAAGAACUCACGCAGUGAAGUAGCCUGAAAAUCGCAUGUCCUAGAAGAGAAAAGGAAAUCAGUUUAUCACAAUAAAUGAUAACUAGGAAAUGUCUGCCAAUAAUUUACAUUUGUGGUACUUUUUAUUCUGUUGUGUAGGUGUGUAACUGUUUUUUCUUUGCCUCUCCGGUUUGCAGACCUCUUUUAUUUUAGCCAUCUAAGGCCCCAUUCACACUACCAUUGUCACACAGUAGUGUGGGGGGCCGCCGGAGAAAAAAUACUGCUUGCACCGUCUUUUUCUCCCUCUACUCCCGCUGAAAAACAGUGGCACCUGGCAGUCCACAUUGACUACAUCGGGACCCGCUGUUGCCCAUUGUACCCCGUCAAACUAAUAAUAAAAAUUAAAAAAAAUAAAAAGAUUUUUUUUACUAGGUGAGUGGGGGGAGGAUAAUAAAGCAAAGAAAGCAGACAGUGGGAUGGAUAGGUUAGAGAGGGGUCAGGACAUAAUGGUGGGUGGAGAGGAGUCCUGUGGGGGGAGGUUAAGAGCAGUGGAUAAGGAGAUCCAUGGGUUACAAACCAGCCGCAAAAAUAAAUGUAGCCCAAAAAAUUGUAACCCCAAUAAUUCAAAAAAUCCCAUUAGCCCCAAUAACUUAAAUAAUAACGUUAGAACCAAUAACUCAAAAAAUCCCAUUAGCCCCAAUAACUUAAAUAGUACAAAUAGCCCUUAAAACUCAAAUAAUAACAUUAACCCCAAUAACUCUGAAAAUCCCAUUAGUGAGACUAUAUGUGUAAAACUUAAUGGAAAUGUAAAGUGUAUGUUCACAAAUGCCAGAAGCCUAGCAAAUAAAAUGGGGGAGCUUGAGGCCUUGAUACUGGAGGAACAUAUUGAUAUAGUUGGGGGUCACUGAGACAUGGCUGGUGAUAUAGUUGGGGUCACUGAGACAUGGCUGGUGAUAUAGUUGGGGUCACUGAUACAUGGCUGGACUCCUCACAUGACUGGGCUGUCAAUCUGCAGGGUUUACAUUGUUUCGCAAGGAUAGAAUGAACAGAAAAGGUGGUGGAGUCUGUCUGUAUGUAAGAAGUGGUAUGAAAGUCAGUGUGAACGAUGCCAUAGUGUGUGAUGAUUCUGAGGAUGUGGAAUCACUGUGGGUAGAAUUACAGGAGGGAAAUACUGAAAAAAUUAUAUUUGGUGUAAUCUACAGACCCCCUAAUAUCACUGAAGAGAUAGAAGGUCGGCUGUAUAAACAAAUAGAGAGGGCCGCCCGGGCAGGUACAGUGGUAAUAAUGGGAGAUUUUAACUAUCCAGAUAUAGAUUGGGGUCCGGGUUGGCUAAAACUACAAAGGGGCGACAAUUCCUAAAUUUAUUGCAGGAUAAUUUUGUGGGCAGGUUUGUGGAGGACCCAACAAGAAGUGAUGCCUUGUUGGAUCUGAUCAUUUCCAACAACGCAGAGCUGGUUGGUAAUGUAACUGUGCGGGAAAACCUUGGUAAUAGCGACCACAAUAUAGUUACUUUUUACUUAAAAUGUAGAAAACAAAGACAGGCGGGGAAGGCAAAAACAU